CGGCUUUGCAGGUUGCUUUAACGCGAUCUAUCCUAGUCUACUCGGAUCUCUUGCUAUCCUUUGGAGACUUUGUCGCCAAAUAUAGGUUACAGGACUUAGUAUCUUGGACCCUUUCUGUCAACCAGGGUGCCGUGCCACACAGAGAAUCAAUCUACCAUGGAAUCGUACCAAAAGGCCGCUGAGUUCCCGGGUUCCGAUGUCUUUAUUAACUCUACCGUCGCCGGGAUGGGUCGAUCCUGCCCCCAAGAGGUACGCGUUGCCCUUCACACACCUGCUGGCCUGAAAUUAGUUGUUGCAAAGAAGAUGCUGUCAACUAUCCCACCAAUGCUCGGGAACCUGAGCGGAUACGACAUUUUAGAGGAAGAAAUGCUCGUUUUACGCCGUGUACCCAGUUCCAAUUGGCGGCGGCUUGCUCCAAGUGUACUACGGUGGCCCGACAGUGCUCCCGGAAGAGCAGGCCAAGGUCGAUAUCGUUGCAAGCACACAACGUUUCCAGGAGGCGAACGGGUUGCGGGUGACGGACCCCGAUUGGGCGAAAUUCUCCGGCCACUCCCCAUUCAACCUUACGGUCUCGAACGACGCCGCCGAGAGUGGCUUCUAUGAAAGACUCUUUUCGCUUAAGGGGCAGCGGAAUGCUUUUUACAAUGGAGCAGUGUGGUAUACAUAGGAUUUGAGUUCGUUGUGGAGUUUUACAGACGACUAUAUCAUCCUUUGGCUAUCUCCGAAUGUUUUUCGGGCAUAAGCACCCGUUCUGGACAUAUUUUCCCCGAAAUUGUAACGGAUGCAGUCUCUGGUCAUUAGAUUGAGUGAGAGACCCUGAAAUCCUCCUCCAAGCGACCGGGCUUGCUGGACCCCGUGACAAGCUUCAUCACAUUCUUCCGCAGUAGUAGGCAAAGCUAGGGGUCAUGUUUCUGUAGCUCAUAUCGCUGCCCGAGAAUCAUGAUUGGCCUUAUAUAAUAUGUGGUCAUUGUGGUGGUUUUGUGGGUUCGGCUAGAAAAUAAAGUAGUUAGUCACCGGACUGACGCUGAGUUGGGUAUCAUACCAGAAAAUAACGCUAACGAGCCUCAACGAACGGGGACGUGGCGCAAC